AUGGAAGUUUUGAGUCUCGUGAUUGGCAUCGUGCCACUUCUGGUCUCUGCUGUAGAGAAUUAUGAAGUGACAUUCGAGCCAUUCGUUAUCUUUUGUCGCUACAGUAAAGAAAUGAAGAACUUCAAAACCAAGUUGGAGGUUCAGCAGAGAGUUUUCCUCAAUGAGUGUCAACUUUUGUUGCGGAUGGUCGGCGGAGAGCUGGUAGUAAUUCAAAAGGAUCCUAACCACCACCACCGGAGCGAUUCAGGAGUCUCGGAGCAACUGGCAGAGCUCAUUGGGUCUUCAUAUGAUAGCUGUCGAUCAAUUGUGGUUUUGAUGAAUGAAACAUUGGAGAAAAUAAAGAAGGAGACGUCAGGUUUCGACGAUGUACUAGAUAAUGAGGUAUGUUGAUUCAUUUGACCCAAAUUGGUGUCCAAAUUGCUAUAUCCGAAAUGGAAUCACAUUUAAGAACUCCCGAUAUCAAGAGUUUCCAAGCUGAUCUUUUCUUAUUGAAAGGCAAAAGGAAAGAGCUCUUUAUCUGUAUUCAGGCAGCGAAGCAAGAUCAGUUUCUCCAAGCACCGGCUUACUGA